AGGCUGGUUGGUUUAUAUAUAGUUAUAUAUAUAUUCUAGACUGUAAUGUUUUUUAAAAAUUUUAAAUAGAUGAUCAGUAAAAAAACAAAUUGAUUAACGUUUCGCAAUAUGCUUCUUCAGAAUAACCUUCACUUACAUCUGGAGUGUAAAAUAAGGAAUACAAAACAAUAGAACAAAAUAACACAUUUUACAAGCAAGGACAAUAAUGGCUAAUUAUACUACACAAGAAAACUUUCUAGGCCCAGCUUAAGGUGAGAAAGCGGAAUAAAUACAAUAGAUAAAAGAACAAAAGAGAAGCGUGAAGGCAGAUGGUUAACUACCCAGGAAUGCACAAAAACGAGAAACGGUGAAUGCUGUCUGUCCCUACCAUGAAGAUUAGAAAAAAACAUUAUGUGGAAAUAAUAAAAAGCUGUAAAAAGAAAAAAUUGUUUCAACUAACCUAAUAUUAAGGCCCUGGGGCGCGAAAGUUUCUAAUUUAUACUGCCAGAAACUUUGAUGUAUCCUACCAUUCCCAUUAAGUCUAUCUUUAAUAGUUACUUUAAUAUCUUCGAGAGACCCAUGAUGAUCCUUCCCUGCAAAAUGCCGGAAAAAAUCAGCCUGAGGUAUACCCGAAGAGCCCACGAUAAACUUACGAUUACACGCCUUGUAGUUGUUAAACCUAAGCCUAAACGGCGUGCAAGUGCUACCCACAUACUGUACACCACAUACUUUACAUUCCAUAAGAUACACAACAUUGGACGAAUCACAGUUAAACAGAAAAUUUAUCUUAUAUUCCUUAUCAGUUAUAUGGGAAGUAAAAGUAUCACUGUCACACAUAAAAUUACACACUUGACAUCAAGACUUGCCACAUGGAAUACAACCCCUAUUAUGGUUGGUCCCUGCCCCCUCAUUAUAAAGUUUCGCCCUAACUAGUAAAUCUUUAAGGUUCUUACAUCAUUUAAAUGAUAUCAAAGGUGUCUGAGGAAACACCUUCCCAUGCUCUUCUGAUAUCGUCGGCAUAGAAUGGAGUCUCCCGGCCACCUUGCCCAAAUUAUUCAAGGCUGGAUGGUAAGUGGUAACCAACAGAACCCGCCCACUCCCAUUGUGAUCUUGUUUGCCAUUAGCCUUAUCCAGUAAUGUGACCCUAUCCUGCUUACGUGCCUUAUCUAUUUGUUUUGUUAUAAGUGAUUCCUCAUACCCCCUUGCCUUUAAACAUCCAGCCAAAUCCCUUAACCUAUCCUGUAACUGGUGAUCAUCCGAACAAAUCCCACGUAUCCUCAAAGCCUGACUAUAGGGUAUCGCCUUCUUGGUGUGCCAUGGGUGACAAGAAUUCUUAUGUAAAUACCGAUGUGUAUCAGUAGGUUCACAAAACAAGUCUGUCGUUAGGACUCCCCCCUCCCUUACACUAACCUUAACGCCUAGAAAACAUAUACUCUUCCUGGAGUGCCCCCCUGUAAACUUAUUAAAGUGUAUUGUGGCUACUGUUAAGAAAGUUGAUGAAGGUCUCAAGCUUUUCCUCGCCAUGAGUCCGGAUGAAGAAAACAUCAUCGAUGAAUCUCAUCUAGACAAUGGGUGUGUCCACCGAUUCCUUCAACAACCUUUCUUCCAACCCAGUCAUAAAGAGAUUUGCAUAGGCUAGAGCGAACUUAGUGCCUAUAGCGGUGCCUAACUUCUGUCUAUCAAACCUAUCAUUACUAUGUAUAUAUAUUUAUGUGUGUGUGUGUUGAAAGUUCAGUUCAGCGUAGAAGAUUUAGGCUUGGAAUACUUGGAAGAUCUAGGUUUCUCAAUUGUUAACUUAUUUUAAUGAAAGGCUCUCCCAUCUAAGACCUUGACAAAUUGAUGUUCUAAAUUUUGCUACCAAAUUUAGAUAUUUCCUCUGCAGGCAACUCACGGAGUUGACAUUGAAACGAGGUUAUGAUGCUUGAAAUGAGCCUAAAUGAGUACAAAAUAGCUCCUUGGAUGUGUUUAGAUAUAUUAUAGCUUUAUUUGCACUGUAGGACUCUAUAUUUAUUCAUUGCAGUGCGCUUAGCUAUGUAUUGAGCUGCUGUUUUCCAAAUAUUCGCAAAUAAGAUUUUAAUCACCAAAAUGAGGCUGAAAUUCCCGGAUAUUGCCCGUAUAACAUUGAUAUUCGUAGUCAGUACCCUAAAAUUGACAAAAGUUGGACAGUCUCAUAAAUUUUGCCUUUAGGGGACAAUGCCCCCCUUUCACCGCCUGGUCUAUUAGAGGCAAAAAACUGUCCCAUUAUCUGUCACGCUUUGUUCUUAAGGAUGGCAGACAUUUUCAAAAUGGCGGAUUUUGUCACGAAAAGUCUUCUUACUGACUUUAGAGCACAACAGGCAAGAAAUUUGACACGUUGCAUUGAAUAAAGGCACUAUAUACACGAGAUGAUAGAUUAUUGAACGCUCUUUCCAAUGAUGUAUAGUCUAUUUAUCUCUAGACCAAAAAAGAGUGAGUUAGAGACAAAAAACUGCCCAUAGAUCUGUCAGGCUUUGUUUUUAAAGAUAGCAGAAAUUUUAAAAAUGGCUGAUAUUGUCAUGAAAAAUGUAACUUUUGAACUGCCUGUUAAAAUUGAAUGAAAUUUGCAGUAAAAAUAAAACUCUAAAUUCUGAUUAAGAGGAUAUGUUUAAUUUUAUGUAGAAAUUUUGAAACAAGGAAUAAUGGCACCUGAAUUUUACAACAUAUCUGGUAUCUAUCUUGUAUAUAACUAGAGAUAGAAUAAACGUGUUUCAAACGAAAAACGUGAAACUUGCUAUCUUUGUGGACUACUACAACAUUGUUAAUUGACAGAAAGUUGGAAUUCCUGACUUGCUUGUUCUGUCAUUUGGUCAGUUUCUAUACUGGAUCCUUAUAGAUAAAAAAUGAGUGAAAAUUGAAACUCCUUGAGGAAAAUGAGACGCACCUUUUAUUCUUGUAGGGUAUGAUUUUGCGUUUUUAAAUAAGUUGCAGUUGACUCUUAGCAUCAGAAAGGAAUGACAGCAAAUUAAACCAUUUUCGAUACUGAAGCCAAAUUAAAACAGUUGUAGCUGGUAACUCCUUAAGCACAAUGGUAUAAAACCUGACAUGCAAACAAGACUUUCAGAGACUUUCAUUUCUACACUUAAACCAAUAGACGGCAUGCCAAUUAACAUCAUAAGGAAAUGUAAACAAACUGGGCGGGGAUCUGUGUCAACAGAAAAAGAACAAUAGAAUUUAGCACACUGUGAAAAAGGUAGAGCACAACACAACUGAUCAUGUUUCAGAAACCCUUAUUCUGAGUUUGCAAACGUGUUAAUUACAAGUGAACACCAUUUAACUAAAAUCCUCACAGCUGGUGUUGUUUUGAACCUGCUAGCGUCAGGCCUAUAUAAAGAACUGUGUUUUCCAAUUAGCUUCAGUUCAGUGAAAAAUUUAUCGUAACUUGGAUUCUGUAUAUUUAAUAAGCCACGAGCCAGAGGACAGAAAUAACUAUUAAUGAAAGUUAUGUCUUGAAACUGGUGUAUAUUAUACAUUAUACAGCUCCCGGAUCCUUUCGCAAUGAAUAGCCGCUUGAUCAACGACAUCACAUUUUUUCCCAGAUUUGUAUUCGAGAGAUGUGAGCAAGUACCUAAUCAACACUGCAAGCAAAUUUUCAAAAGAGUACACUAAAAGUCCCUAGAAGCUUACAACUACUUCAUAUGCAAUCAUGUGCAUGACUGCAAUUACAAAUGACAGCGAGUUUUGUUUUAUCAAAUUGGAGAUACUGCCAAACCAACGCAUAGGAGAGAAGACCACUUUGUAAAAAGUUUGGAUGUGUUCGAACAAGAAAUUUGGGUGGGUCCUUACUGGAAACUGCACCUGUAUGGCUGGCUUAGGGUCUGCAUGUAGCCAUUUGGCUGCACUCUUGUUCAAGCUUGAGGCUGCAGUACACCACAAUGUCAUGCUCUUGGAAUGCAGCCAAAAACAUGUAACACCUACCCCUGCAUCUGCCAUUGAUUUUUCAAAACCCAAGAAAGGAGCAUUGCUAAACCCCAUGCAAAAAUAACGAGCAGUACAAAUUUCAGUUGUGAAAAUCCAACUAUUGGAGAAGGGGCCAUUCCAAUAGCCUAAUUUUCAGAACUUCCCAAGGCUUUAUUUUUCCCAAGGCUGUUGUUUUUACAAGUUUCCCCCUACAUGAAAUAAUAAAUGUUAAAUAAAAAGUUAGUCUUUACCCCCUUUCUUCUCAAGGCGACCCCCUUCCUUGGGAUAGUCACAGGAGUGGGAAUUUAUUGCGCACAAAAGUGCAAGCAAUUUUUUUUCACCUGACCUGUGCAGAGCCAAUUUGUUUCAAAAUCAAGGUUAUUACACCUCUUGUCUCUUCUGAGGCAAAUCUGUACCCUGCCAUAGGGCAGACCUGCCAAGUACCACGGUUUUGCCUUGGGACCCAUGGUUUUUAAAGAAAGCCCACAAUCUCACGGUUGGUCAGGAAAUUCUCACGGUAAAUUCAUAAAUCAAAAAAAUCAAAAAGUUUCUCCCAAUUUGCCAUCUUUAACAAACAAAUGCUAGUGUAUCUGCAUCUUUAGCUCACAGAACUGUUCUGCGAUAUUGUUUUUCUUCUCAUCUGCGGUUUGUGCCCCUGUGCUCUCGUGAAGCGUUUUCAUUGAAUUGAAUGUUAAGGUGGCAGCGGGAAACAAAGGGGACUCAUGUUAUAAGUCUAAGAAAACAUGGCAACAAAGCGAAAGUUCUACAAGAGCAAAUUUAGUCAAAGUUGGACCGAAGAAUACCCUGUUCGAGCAGUUUCAGGUGAUCCUUAUAAAUUUUACUGCAUUCCUUGUGGUAAGAAGUUGUCUUGCGAUCAUCAAGGAGUAAAGGAUGUUUCAGACCAUUGUAAAAAGGACUCGCAUAAAGCUAAUGUUGAAUCUUCAAAAAGCCAAUCUUCAAUGAAGGGCUUCUUGAAAAGUAACGAUUCGAAAUUUGAUGAGCAAGUAUUAAAUGCAGAGGUCAUGAUGACAAACUUUUUGGUUCAACACAACAUUUCUUUGUUAACUGCUGAUCAUCUUUCUUCACUGUUCAAGGAAGUUUUUCCAGAUAGCAAGAUAGCUAAAAAAUAUGCUGCACGUAGAACAAAAACCACAGCUAUUCUGAAUAAAUCACUUGCACCACACUGUCUGAAUUAUAUAGAAGAACAUUGCAAAGUUCAUCCAUACUCAGUGGGCACAGAUGGCUCAAAUGACACAGGUAUAGAGAAGAUGAAUCCCAUUUGUGUCAAGAUUUUUGAUGUUAAUAGGUCCAGAACAGUGACAACGCAUUUUUUGGACAUGUGUGUAACAUCAGGUGUGGGCAGUGCCACUGCAGAAGGUAUAUUUACUGCUAUUGAGGAAGUUUUUGAGAACAAUCGAAUUCCUUGGGAAAAUUGUGUAAGCUUGAGCGUGGACAACACAAAUACUAUGAUUGGGAAAAACAAUUCCAUUGCUUCAAGAUUUCUGGAAAAGAGUCAAAAUGUUUUUAUUGCAGGCUGUCCAUGUCAUCUUGCGCACAUAGCUGCAAGUAAUUCCCAUGAUGCAUUUAGUGAAUAUAUUGGGCUCAACAUAGAAAAUUUCAUGGUAGACUUAUUCUAUUGGUUCAAAAAAACGCCAAGCGGAAGGGUAAACUUAAAGAAUAUUAUGAGUCUUGUGAUCAAGAAUACCAAGGUCUUUUAAAGCAUUUAUCUGUUAGGUGGUUAUCUUUAGAAAUAUGCAUAUCAAGAGCAACUUUGAAAUACACUAGCCUCAAAUCUUACUUCCUAAGUGAGAACUUCCCUGAUGAAAGAUUUCAACGCCUGAAUAAAAAAUUUAGAAAUCAUCUAUUGGAACCAGCCAUGCUCUUCCUCAGUUCUGCAUUACCACUCUUUACACAUUUCAAUCAACUUCUGCAGAGAGAGGAACCCACAAUUUAUAUUCUGAAACCUGCUAUAGAAAGCCUUGGGAAAAAGCUGGCUAAACGUAUUAUGCACCCAAGCAAAGUCAAGUGUAUCACUAAUGUUUCUGAAAUAGAUUUAAAUGACUCUGAAAAUUUCAUUGAAACUGAAGAUAUCUAUCUUGGAGUACUGACAAAAAGAACAUUGAAGAAAUUAUUAGAUGAAGGUGAUAUAUCUGAACAACAAUAUAAAGACCUUCAUGAUGCUGUGCAUUACUAUUUCAAGUUGUCUCUUCAGUAUAUGAAAAAAAAAUUUCCGUUGAAUAAUCCGUUGAUUUGCAAUGCUGUAUGGGUAAAUGUUCCAGAUCGCAUUAACUCAAAAUGGGCCCAAGUUCAAUACUUUUUUGAUUUGUAUCCUAACUUAAUGUCAGCUAUUUCAGCUGAUGAAUUAUAUGAAGAGUUUACAGACUACCAGACACUAAAUGAUAAUGAUUUUGAAGAGAGAGCCUGGGAAGAGGCACGUGUUUCUGAAGGAGUGAAGAAAGAAAUGGAUGGUGAAAUUUCAUUUCAUUUUAGAAUUGAUGUUUUGUGGAGCUAUAUUGCAGAUAUGAAAAUUACGGGCUCAAAUGCCAAGCGCCUCAAGUUUCUGUCAAAGCUAGCUGAAAUCAACUUGAUCAUCCUUCACAGUAAUGCUGAAUUGGAAAGACUUUUCAGCAUUGUGAAGAAAAACAAAUCGUUAGAAAGGUCAUCGAUGAAACUGGGAGGGACAUUGUCGAGUAUCUUAGCGAUUAAAACACUGUAUCCCGAGUCCAACACGCCCUGUUAUAGCUGGAAACCCACAGAAGAAGUCUUGGAAAGUUCCAAAAAAGCAACCAACAAAUACAAUGAAGAACACAAAUAGAUAGCCUACUUUUCAUUUGGAAUUCAUGUUUCUUUUUAGUUCUUUUAACUUUUUAUGAUGUGAUUGAACCCGUAUUAAGACCUUUUUGUGUUUAUAAAAUCAUUAAAAAAGUUGUUUGACUUUUCUCAAGGUUUUUCUACAAAACUCAAGGUUUUUAAAGAAAUUUUUAAGAAAUCUCAAGGUUUUGCACCCACCAAACUUGGCAGGUCUGCAUAGGGUCACUGGCAAGCCCGCAUAGCGGGCUUAGCAGGGAAGCUAGUCUUCCGUUAAUUGAAAAUUGCUUCAAAACAUUUGCAAGCCCAGGUCUAUUUGUGUUCCUUGUCUAGAUAUUUUAAUGGUUUAAUGUCUAGAUACCUAAGUUUCUUGUUUAUUCUAAUUUCAGUGUUUAAAUUGUCCAUAUAAUUAUUACAUCUAUCCCUCAACGACUCUUGAGGCUCUUUCAAUUUUCUAAAGGCUUAUCUGAAAGCUCUACUUUUCUGAACUCUACUUUUAAGCUUGACAGCAACAUGUUUUUGGUUGCCCCCACCAGUUCAUUUACCUCUUUCACACAUUUUCAGAAGAUUUCUCCCAGGAGUUCUUAUAUUUAAAGAAUCAAAAUUUGAAAUUUUCUAGCCAUACAAAUUUGAUUCACAUCGACAAAUGGGUUUUGCACAAAUAUUUUCUAGGCCUUUUCUUAGACCUCUCGUGCUUAAUGUGAAUCCAACAUCAAUUAUAGAACUUCCUUCAGUCCUCAUUGACUCAUGAAUCUGGUGUAAACACAAUUGUAGGCUUCCACAAAACUCCCCUGUUUAUUCUGAAUCAAAUGUUAAAAUUUUCCAACAACAAAUUCUGUUAGCCCUUAGUAUGUCUGUGGUGUUUGUUCACACAUCAGCUGAAAACUUUUCAGACAACAAAACCCUUAAAAGUAUGUCAAAUCUUGAAUAGGUGACUCCUCCAGAUCUAAACCCCAAAGAAUAAAAAUAAUUACACAGCUCUUUCAUUUGAGGCCCAGGUAUCGUAUCUUCAUCUGAAAGACUGCAGCAACAAAGCACUUGAGAAAUUGGAAGAUAGAAAAGAGCAAAAGUUUCGUGCAUCAGAAAGUAUUCUUACUCCAACAACAAAUUAACAAAAUACAAUUUAUUCGCAACAGCUAAUCUUCAUAGAUUAAGUCAUUAUCUCCACAGUCAUGGUUCUUUUCCUUUCUUUGUUCGAUUUAACGUCACCAUAAAUUCCAUAAAAUUUGUUUGGGAGGUUCGAGAAUCACGUCUACAUCAUAAUUAUUGCUUGAAACACUCUUUGAUCUAGAUGAAGAACAAAAAACAAUGGAGAAGUUAUUCCAUGGUUAAACAAAACACGUUUUAAAGAAAUUCAUAGUCACAAUGCAAUCUGGCCACUUUUUUUUAAAUAUAAAAAGUUCUCUCUCGAAUAUAAGAUAUGAUAGCAAACAAAUUCAUUUUGUAGUCAAUUUCUACCUGACUCCUGGCUUUAGAUGGUUUUGUUUUGUGACCCUUCUCCCUUCAUUGUUCAAUUCUUACCAUCCAGUAGAUUUUGGUUCACCAGUCUUAAACAUGCCUUUUAGAAAUAUAUUUUUGCCGUCAUGGACAAUAACUGCACACGCUGACUUGAAGCAACAGUUUUUUACCAAUGACAUGAAAAAUAACAAUGACAACAAAACUUUUCUUCUAGGUAGUGAAGGGAUGUUCUCAGAAGGUAGAUUUUCAUUAAAUUUGUAAUAGCAGGAUUUUGGUAUUUUGAGCUGUUUAUAGUAAGGGAUGAUGGCAUUUCAUUUGUGAAAAAAUCAGUGUAUCUCAUUUUGACAGAUUUCAUGGUAUGUUUCUGUUUGAAUUACAUUCGGUAUAUUCAGCAUUGCACCAGCAUUGCUGGCUUUAUUGUUGUUCCAUACAUUGUGCCUUUUCUAGUUAUGAAUAUAAUAAAACCCAGAAUUAUGCUGAAAAAGUUUCUCACAAGUUGAUUGAUUUACUGACUUUCUUUAAGAUUAUAUCAUCUGUAGCCCUUUUAUUUCAAAAUAUGUCAAAAUGAUAACAGACCAAAAGCUAGCACAAACACACCAAAUCAAAUCAGACUUUUCAAAAAAAACUAACCAUCUAAUGUAACCUCUUACCAUUUCAGAUGUGCAAUGGAGGUGGAUCAGAGCAACAAAUUGCUAAGAAGAAAUAUGGUUCUGGUAAUGAGCAGUUUUGAGUGAAAGGGUCACAUAAAAUGAACAUUUGAAAUCCAGAAACAGGACAAGACUUUAAGGAUACAUGAAAAAAUAUGUAAGAUGUAUGAUGUUAUGCUAUUAUCAAAUUUUUGAGACAGUUUUUCGUUUGAAUAUAGAUUCACACUUCAUAACAUAUUCAAUGCAAGACUUAUUUACCAGGCUAAUACUCUAAAAAGAAACUGUAACACGGUAUCAUCAUCAUUUACUCCUUAUGUCAUGAAAGGAAAGCGAAAACAGGGAAUGUUGCAAAGGUCUGUGACUGUUGUAAAGUAAGGUUUGCGUCAAAUGGUACUGCUUAGCAGCGUGCGCAGUGAAUUACAACUCAGCACGUCAGCAAUAAAUCAUAUUAUAUUGGAGUAUUGAGUAGAGAGAUAAGAACACGCGAUCAUGUAAAAGUGAUUUCAGUUAUUAUUAUAUAUUAAAGUUUUGUUGAUAUGAAAAAGGAUGUUUUCUCUCUGAAUUCUGCAUAGCCCCGUCCAGGGUUCAAAGUUUAUAAAAGUGACUUUACUUCUUUUGCAACAGAGGGUGAUGCAUCAAGUUUCAUCGGUGAGGGAUCCAUUAAAGAUGGUUUAGAAACAGGGAAGAAGAUAUUAGCCCUGGUUGAAGCAUUUUUGAAAGGUAUAUUUGUCUUUAUCAUAAAAAUCAUUAAAUAUUCUAAAUUUUCAAUUCUUAAAUUUCAAUUCUUAAUCUAUUUUAAUUUUCAAUUCUUGGAAAGUCAAACUUUUACUUUCAUUUGAUUAGAGGUGGAAUGGUUAAUUUCAACCAUUGUUUUUCUGAUACCAGUUCACAAAAUCAAGCUAGAUAGGAUAUUUGUUUAUUUUAUUAAAUUUAAAACCUUUUCAGAAUCUUAGAGUUCUUUUCAUGAACAUUGUCACAAAAAUCUUAUAGGUCUAGAAACACUGUUAAAACAAGUGAUUCUGCCAUCGGUCAACAUCUUUUAGACAACCCAGAUUGUGCAAAACUCUAUAAUGAUGACAUGUUUGGGAUAAUUGGCAGAGCUCGGUCACCCUUUAAUCCAGCAGUUUUUAAUUGGAUCUAAAUAGAAACGAAAAAACUUCCAUUUUCUAGACAGAAGGAGUUUGUUUUCUCUCUAGCACUCCAGUGGUAAUUUUUCUUUAGGCUCGUGGCACUGAUUGGUCAACUAUAUCGCUCUUUUGCUUGCAUUUUUUGAUUGGCCUAUUUCGAUCCACAACUGGGUAUUUAUUUUCAUGGUGUGGUCUUUCGGACCCUGGUUCUGACGUUUUAUGCUCUGAGGAGUGUCUGACGAAAAAGAUUUUAGUGUGUUGAAUAAUGUUUGCUUUUUUCAAAGCCAUUUUCAAAUUCUGUACCGCAAAAAAAUUUGUUAAAAAAUAAUUUAUGUCUGCUUUAGUUUAUCGCUAUGUAUUCCUUUUACAUUUUAGAAACGGUGAUAUUUAAUAUGCCUUUCCACUAUAAAAUCAUUAUUGUCUCUACGAUGAUUAUUGAAUCCAUUUCAAGGCAUCUUUUCCUGUAAAGGUUCCGGUAGAGGAUACAAUUUGGCAAUGUUUUUGCACAUUAUUUGGUAAAGUUAAUUUGAAAAGGUUUCCUAUUCUUGUUUAGCAAAAUAAUAAACCACUAUCAUUAAAAGGAUCAUGAUACAGCAUGUAUAAAAAUCAAGGAAAUACAUUAAAACAAUAUUUGUAAAUUGUAGUUCUUGUAAAAUUUUGCAGUCAGGUGCGCAGUAUGGAAAGAUGGAAUUAUAAUCAAUAAUAUAAAUGGGAAAAAGAGCAAAGGUGCAUGUGGUGAUACUCCCAUUCAUAAUAAUUUUUAGAAGAUUUAGAUUGUCAAAGCAUACUCAAACAAAGAAGCAUAAAUAAUGUUAUAUAACCUCUUUCUUAGGGCCAUGUGACAUCUGUGUUCAAUGAUAGAAGUAAUUUUAGAUAGAUUGUUUAUCAAAUUUAUCUUAAGAUAAGGAGGAUUGAUAUAACAUCAGGUAGAAUUGAAAGUGAACUUCCUUAUGUAGAAGUUUUUAAUAAUUUUUAUGGCUGAGUUAAGGACAAGGUCUUAUUCAAAAGUCAUUCAGGCCAUUUUCUACAAUUGUUUGUUGAUGUGACGCCUCUGUAUAAAAAGUUUAAGUAACUCCGUAUGAUCCACCUUAAGUCAAAACAGCGUAUUUGACAAUUUAUCCUGAUGUUGGCCCAACGCGAUGCCAUUAACUUGAAUAUCUUCAUGCAAUGAUCCACGUUCACUAACUGCAGUUUCAGCAUUGUUGAACUAAAACUUCCUUUGGAAUUACAUCGACAACUUUUGCAGAUUUCUUUGCAGAAUAUCUUACAAAUGAGAAAUUUAGAAAGCAACAAUACUUUAAGCUUUAUGUUAUUUAAAGCUUAUUUAUCAAUGAAAAUGAUUAUGUUGUGAAGAUAAAUGCUAAUUUAUCAAUGAAGAUCUUAUGCUAUGUUAUAUAUCUUUCCAUUUUUCCUUAUAGCUAAAGUGCAGGAGAUUUGGGAGAGUAUAAAGGAAAAGAAGGUGCAAAUUUUUUGGCCACCUGUAGCUGAAGAAAAUGAAGGCUGGGGAAAUCGUUUCUGGAACGCAACCUGAAAAAAAACAUUCAAAAGAUAUGGUUGAAGUUAUUUAUAGCUGCUGCUAUUUAUAUACGGAUGGGACAGAAGGGUUCAAUGAAAAUGGUAGCUGCUCGAUAGUUUGUUCCUUAAGCAGUUUAAUUAGGGGUUGGAAGAUCAGGGUACCCUUUGAGUGAUUAAAGUCAAAUCGAUAAUUAAAUGUAGAUUGUUGAGUUAUUUUAGAGUCUCGAUUAGAAGUUCAGUACACUCUGUGACUUCUCUUCUACCUUUCCUUGAAUUAAAAUAUUUCAUGUGCCAAUGAUGCUCUUAAACUUCUUGAUACAACUUUUAAUAGAACGUUCCGUGGGCUGUUGUUGUUUUGGUUUGCUAACGCAGUCUUGAGCCAAGGUAUGCACAGAGUAGCCGAUUGGACCGACUGCUUCUUUGCCCAAUUGGCACUCCCAUAAAAGAGUGAAGCCCAUGCAGUAAAUCUCACUGCUGAAUGAAAGGGAUGCCGCACCUCUCUUUACCUCUCCUGGAAGUCGACAUAAAUUGCCAAAGCGCUGGACUAGUCUCAAUCCACUUACUACGUAUCCAUCGUUUCCGUAACUAGCAUAACGGAAACCACAUAGAAGUGCUUUACCAGAGGAUUGCUCAACAAGGAUGUUCGAUGGAUUAAGGUUAUUGUGCAGAAUGUUCUUGGUUUUACAGUAUAACACUGCUUCCACGAGAGCAAUGGCAAAAUUGCCGAAUUUCUCUUCUGUCUCGAAGCUUUCCGAAGUCAGCCGCUCAAAGCCAAUUUUGUGAGAAGAGAGUACUAAUUUUGGUACUUCGCCUCUCACAACACCGUAAGCAUGUGGCACUGCACGAUGACUGCUAAGGAUCAUUAAAAUAUGGUAUUCUUUGCAUACCGCAGCAAACGUGGCUUCUUUAUAUGCUUUACAGCACAAACACUGCCUUUAAACAGGCAGUCAUAAACGUUUUCGUUUGGUCCACUGUUGAUCAUUAACCCAUAAUUUAGUUUACUUUCAUUUAUUAGGCUAACUCCUUGCUCUAAAAGAGCUAUAUUAGACUGGAGACGAUUAUCUUGGGUGGCCAAAGAUAGCAAAUUAUACUCUUGGUGGUUGAGAGCCUUGCCAAUGUUAUCCAAGAGCUCCCUCGAAUGCAGACCACUUGCAUAAUGCAUUCUCUCCUUGUAACCGGCGACAAUGUUCUCUACCUGUCUCACCUCUCGCUUAGCAACCCUUUUCUCUUCAGCAAGCUAUUCAAUUUCCAUUUUAGCUUCCUUUUUUGCAAGUUUACAUGCUACGUCCUUACAUCCAGCGGUGAGCUUCAUGACUGUUUUCUAUAAAUAAAGAUUAAACCAAUAGAGGGUUGUCCUCUAGUUUUGACAGUGCUGAUUCGAAAUUAAUUUUUGUGAUAAAUGAGAUUUUCGAAAUUUCAAUCUUUAAGCUAAGCAAAAUAUCCCUUUAUAAAUUACCUUGACUGUUGUUUACGUUGCAGUUAAGUAAUCGUUUUUUGGAUACAUCUUUUUCUACAUUAAAUUACACACUGAUUUCUUAUAUUUUCUUUCACGCAAAUCAGCAAAUUAAAAUAGAUUUUUCGAUUUUCAAGGGCUUUAAAUUUGCAAUAAAUCAACUUUUCUAAAAACUCUAUACCAAAUCUAUACCUAAUUACUUGCAGUGUUUCGAUAGCAAAUUCAUAUUUGAUUGUUGGCUGUUCAGUUGUUUCCCAUGUACUACCUUGAUAUAAAUGAAAUCGAAAACAUUUCCGUGCCCCCAUUAUAUCCGACUUUAAUAAAAAAAAUCACAUAGCAAUCAUGUAACAUGGCUGUGUUUGUAUUUUUACUUACAAAAAUUUAUGCUUAAAUCAAAGCAAAUGAAUGGAUAUAAAACUGACUAGCUCCACAACCUUGAUAAGGCAGCAAAUCAUAAUGUAACUUCUUGUAGUUACCAGACAAGCAUAUAAUUUAUCCUUUGAUUAGCUCAAUAUGGUGAAUUUACACGGGAAAAUGUAUCACAAACAACAAAGACAUGGAAGAGAAUCUAUCAACAGAAAUUGAUUAAGUUUAAUUUAAGGAUUAUUUUUCAAAAUUAAUUUUGUUAUUUUGGAUUGGUUCAAGGAAAAAAAAGUUUAAAAUAACUGCCCCUCUAGUAAACGUAUCUCUCAAAAGCAAAAAAACAUAACAUCCAUUUCUGGAUCUAAUACAGAAUAGGGAUAAGCAAGACAUGAUGUAAUUGUCAUUUACUGACAAUAUCUAACUGAGAUUUAUUUCAUGCUUAAGUGAGCUACAACUAGGAUCUUUUAAAAUUAUAAAAAUGUCGCAAGUUCAAUCAAGAUGGAUUGACCAAAUUUACUUCACAAAAUUUUGCAUAAGCUCGAAGGUUUUAGCACAUAAUUCAAUUAAUGGCUUUGAAAAAAGCAUAUAUUUUACAAAAUAUUGGCUAAAUUCUUUUGUCAGCCGUUUUAACCAUGUUGUAAAAUAUAAAUAUGUUGUAAAAUGUUUCCUUUUUUCAAAGCCAUUUUCAAGUUCUGUACUGCCAAAAAACUGUUGACAGAAUUCAAUUAAUGGGGUCACUGAAAUAGGUCUUACGAAUUCACCAAAGAAACUUCAUCGAAAAACUGAUUGCUGGCAAAAUUAUUUCCUACUCUUUAUGCAUCUCGCCCUAAGUUGUAGCCACAAGAACUCAGGUAGAUUCAUACUGUGAACUCAAAAAAGAAAAAAAAUGUCGUUUUAUGUGUCUUGUGACCUAUUUUAAAAUCUAUUUUACAAUGUGUUGACUUUUGAUGACAAUAAAAUUCAUUCAAAGGCAUUUGUCGCAUGAAAUAUUUUGCAGCAAAAUUUCGCAAGACUUUCUCACUGGAGAUUGGGCUUAAGCAACUUCAUGGCUGGCUGACGGGGAUGGUAGGGGGCUCAAGGGCCUUUUUUCAAAAAACGGUGCAUCAUUUUCUGGCAUUAAGGUCUCGUUCAGCAGGGCAAUCCAAUCAGGUCGGGAGUUUGGCUGGGGCUUCACAUCUGUUUAAUGAUAAUGCAGGUGUCCUAAGGUGAUCUCAAUCAGAACGAAAAUCUCAUGUAGAACAAAAGGGUAAAAGCUCACUUGAUAUUGAUUUUCAGUAUGAAUACAAACUGUGAAAGCAUUGCUUAUCGAUCCCUUAGUCUUUACGAGUUUUAAGCUAGUGGUGUCAGAAAAGUUACCACAGGGAUGAUUACUGCCUCAAUAGCCAGGUCUUCAUCACCACCCUCCCACCCGAAUGACAAUAUGUUACUAAAUGGAGGAAUGACACAAAGAAAACUUUUUCAUAUGUUAGGAAGGUUGUAUGUAAAGAUCAUAAGUGUAAUGACAGCGUGUUUAUGUAUAAAAUGUUUUCUAUUUUAAUGUUUUGAUUUUCUUCUUCUUUUCUUUUUUCAUUUCAGCCUCACUUUGAUGGUGUGUCUCUUCAUCAUCCUCUAUCGUCAUUGGUCUUUUUCGUCGCUUUUUCUUUUUUUCGUUUGUGGCAUUGCUCUGUACAGUAGAAAUACUGUUUGGAGUAGGAGUUGCAGGUUGGUUCUGGGGAACUGUUGUAGGGAGGGUGAUGUUGUUGGCGGAGGUUGAAGAUAGUUGGCAUAGGUUUGUAAUAACUGAGCCAUUUGCAGUUGAUUCAGUUGAGGUGGAAAUUGUGGUAAUGGUGAAUCAUGUGAUGGGCAGGAAGAUUUUGCUGUAGGAGGUGUUGGGAUGUUGAUUGCAGGUAGUGUAGCUUGCGUUGGUGUUGGUGAUAAUGCUGUUAUAAUAUGUGAUAGUGACUGAGUGGUCGUUGACGAGGGUGCUUGUGAUGGUGAUGGAGCUGGUUGUGGAGCAGAAGAUGAUGCUGUUUGAAGGAUUGAUAUGAGAGAAGAGAGGUGGGAUUGGGUAGGGGUUGUUUGGGUAGCCUUAGGAUUGAAUAAUAAAGGGAGAAGAUCUAAAAUGUUACGAGUAGAUUUGAAUUUGGGCUCUGUAUUUGGGGCAAAGGUUAGGAGAUCUGCAUAGCUUUCAGGAUUAGUUAUAAGGGUUUGGGCAACUUUCAAAUUGAUUCCAAUGGAAAAUAAAGCUGCUCCAACCUCCACACAGGCAUCAAGCUAGUUGGAUAGGUCUUGCGAAGGAUUUAGGAUUUGAAGGAGGAGGUUACGACCCUGGGUGUCAUUUGGGGCUGCUGCAGGAGCAAUGCCAACGGCUCAAGAUUUCUUGUAAGUUUUUGUAUUUUCUCAGCAUCAAGCAACUGGUCAUCUUGCAUCAACACUGGCAUAUUGUCAUUAACCGUUGAUGAGAGUUCCGAAGUGGCAACAUGCGGCUGGCGAAGCCAUUCACAGCCCUCUGGUCUCAAUCUGGAAAGUGCCACAUUAUGUGAAGGGUGUGGUUCUGCACGUCUAUAAGGCUUCAAAAAGUUUUUCGGAAAAUGAUGGAAGUAUCCUACUCCCUUCAUUUUUUUUGUUGGUGUGUAAGCCAUCUGAAAAAAUGAGAUUAUAGUUAUCAGUAUAAUUAUACUCAUUAAGUUAUGGAAGUGGUGAAUAUUGUUGAGAAAUCUGUUGAAAGAUUGUUUUUUUGAUAGUGUGGACAGUAAGUUUAUAGUAGUGAAAUGAAUACCUUGCCCUGCAACUGGAGUGAAAUGUGAAGGUGAUAAGGGGACAAGAAAGUAUAAGUCAUUUAAAGAGCGUACUCUUGAGAGGGCAACAUAUGCGGUGCCAGCUGGUGUAGUGUCAGUAUCUAGCCACAAUACUACUUUAGGCAAAGUUUGGCCCUGUACUUUGGAAAUAGUUGUAGCAUACCCAGGUAGACAAGGAUACUUUGUUACCGGAAUAUCAUCAAUGAGACUGGUCAUGGGAAAUAUAUUAAUGGUAUGUCCAUUAGGGUGAGUAGCUAUUAUGGUUUGGUUGGAUAUACUGUGUACUGUUACUAGUUGACCAUUAACAAAGCCGAUCGCUUUAUUGACAUUUCUUGUUAACAUUAUAGUCAUGCCCUUGUGUACAGGUAAUAGAGAUUCAUCCUCUGCAACUAGGAGGGCCAAUGGAUGAUUUGCGAAAACAUUGCUUAUUAUAAUAUUGUUGAUGAAGGAUGCUGACCGGCGUGUUACUGUUAGUACAAGGAAAUCUGGAAGUUUUUUCAGGUGCUCGUAAACAUUCUCUGUGACGGUACCUGUAUGGCAAAUGAUACUUUUGUACAAAAUUUGACACAAUAAAAGAAAGUUAGAGAAACUUUUCCAAUAAGAAACAAAUUGUACCAAAUUUCACAUCAGUAGAUAGAGGAGAUUCUGCUCUUUCUAAUGAUAUACACAUUUGAUAUGUUUGGAUAAACAUUGAAGAAGAUAGAAGCCAAAAACGAACGACACACCUUAAUUUCCAUAAUGGCAGACUAAUGACCAUAAUGGCUGACACUAGUCACGAUUUUUGUAAAUCAGAAAGUAGAAGAGAUACGAAACUGAAACUGAGAGAUUAGAUACAUAAUGCGAUGAAAAAUGUAUUGCAACAAAAAAAAAGUGAAUUCAGAACUGUCGGCGAGGACUCAUGACGUCAUGAACUUUGAUCGAUUUCUGUACUGAACCCUCAUAACAUUGAAAGGCCUUUAUGUUAGACAUCCUUGUAAGUAAUGACUCGAAAAAAGUAUCAGACUAUCAAAUCACAAAGUUACAACUUUCUACCAAGUUUGAACCGAAUACUUUUUAUAACAUUGCAACAAAGACAUUUUGAAAUUACGUUCCUAUACUUAAGCCUUAUAACCGAAACUUUGCCCUGCCCUCACAGCCACACCGUGACCUGUACCCCAAAAAUCUCUGGCAUGUAUUCAUCUCUCAUCAAUGUCAAUACGUUGGAUACUCUGUAAUGAAAAAAAAGUCGUUUCUGAAAAAUAGAAAUUUUUCCAUACUUAAGCCUUAUAAAACUGAUGGACAGAUUUUCAAAAACUCCUUGAGAGUGAUGGCAAAUAAACUUUUGUGAUGAUAACUGACAAAUGAGGACUACUACAUCAGGUGGUAAUUAUUUCGAUCUGUGUCAUCUCUCUGGAGCAGGAGAGUGAAGAAAAUUUCCCUAUACAGAAGCCUUAUAGCAUUGUUAGGCGAAUAACUCCGACAUCCUUCGGAAUAAUGACACAUAAAUUUAACACAAUUGACAUCCUGUAAGUAUACAACUUUGUGCCAACUUAUGUUAGAAUAGCUUUUAUAGUGUUGUAACAAUGACAAUGUAAAGUUUUGUUCCCAUACUUAAGCCCUACAACUUAAACUUUGCCACGCCCUUGCGCGAAAUCUAUAAGCUGGAACAAAAAAGUAUGUCAUAUGCAUCAUACACUCAUAGACCUCUACCUGUUGAACAGGUUGGGGAGAGAAUCAAAUUUUGGUCAAAAAAGUUACUACUAUAUCUAUAGUAACAUUAGAAAAAGUCAUUUUAGUAUGUUACAUACUUAAGACACAGAAUAUUCCUUGUUAUGUAUCCAGUUCACGAUAAAUACUAAUGGAAUGUGUGAAUGACCAAAGACUCCACUUGCAUCACUUUAUACCCACCUUCCCAACCCCCUUUUUUUUUUACUUAAGGGAGAAAGGCAAGGAGAAAAAACACUUUUUAGCGGUAACAUGUUAUGCGCAGUAAUUCUAAAUGCCUUAAAGGUUUUAUUCAAUGUCCACAAAGUAAUUAUUUCUUCUGUUUCUUCUUUGUAGACGAUGUAUAGGAGGAGGUUAUACUGGCCAGACUUUCAUCAUCAUCAUUAUUGGUCAAUAUAUAGAGAAAUCCAUUACAAAAACACUCGCCAACAAGUUUUAAAAAUCCAUUGUGUCGGUGGGGUUCUAUGACGUAAUGAACUUUGAGGGUUUUAGUACUGAAGCCUUGUAGAGUGCAAAGUUAUACCAAACGCAAACCAUAGUAGAUAGGAGCAUGAGAUUUGGCAAACACCUGAAAAGCAGCAUUUAAAAGUAUAUGGAAAAGCAUUAUUCGAGUCCUUGAUAGGGAUCAGGAGUUAUGACGUCAUAAGUGGUAAGGGUUGUCAGUACUGAAGCCUUACGAAAUAAAGAUGGAAAAUGCUUGGAACUCUCUUGGCAUGAGAACAGAUGUUGAAGAAAGAUACAGGAUGCAAUUGCAAGGGAGAUCUCUGUCAUAUUUCUCAAAGAGGGGCUUGAACAAUAUUUUUUGUAGGGAAGUAUUAUAGGAUUUAAUAGGCCAAUAAGAGAAAAACCCUUGAGCAGAAUGACACUAAAUUUGGCAACAGGUACAAGUUAAGCUAAUACCAUCAUAUAUCAAAAUGUCAAUGUGUUGCAUUAAGUGUGGGUUGAAAAAACCUUUGUCAUAAAAUGCUCAGAUUUGCAUAUUUAAGCUUUAUGCAGUUUUGCAAGUGAUACAUGGCAACUCCCUGAAAGUGAUGACCUAUGAUCUUAACUGAUACUUCCGGAAUAUCAAGUACUGCUUCACCAGGUGAGAGGAGUGGAAUUUUUUGUCAUAUUUGUGGAGUAGGGGAGGAAACAAAAUUUUCCAGUACUGAACCCUUAUAGCUUUCAUAGGGUAAUAAGUCAGACAUCCUUGAGGAUUAUGAAACAAAAAAUUUACAAAAGUUAGAAAAGAACACAAUAUCAGUUUGUGCCAAGUUACAGGACAUAUCCUUUUAUAAGACAGAAACAGUGUCAAUAUAGAAAUAUGUUCCCAUACAUGAGUCUGACAGCAACAACUUUACAAAGCCCUAGCAAGACAACUGCUGGAGACAUUUUUCUAAAAAUCAUCCUAGAUAAUUUCUUCAACAUAUUUAGAAUUUCAACCAACUUCUGGAUAAUUAUCAAAAAAGGUAUAAUUAUCUAUAGUUAUGUUUAGGAAUAGUCCAUGAAGUAUGUUACAUACUCAGGUAAACAAAAUAGUCCUUGCUAUGUACCUAGUUCAUGCUAAAAACUUCUGUUAUGUGUGAAUGGUCACAGACUCAAAUGGCAGCACGUUAUGCCCACCCGCCCUGCCUGAAUUACUUUUUUACCAAGUGGAGGAAUUGUGGCAAUGAGAACACUAAGGUAAGCAAGAAAGACGUUGUGAUAACGAAAUAUACAGAGAACUUGAAAUCAAAGAAAGGUUUUAAUGUUUUUUGCCUUUUUUCUUCUUGGGCAGUGGAUCUCCUUUCUUGUCAUCUUCAUAAUUUAUCACCCGGCGCUUUCUGCGUUUCUUUUUAACCUUCUCGUCCUCUGCUGGCUCAGUAGGUGCUGGCUCAGUAGGUGCUGGCUCAGUAGGUGCUGGCUCAGUAGGUGCUGGCUCAGUAGGUGCUGGCUCAGUAGGCGCUGGCUCAGUAGGCGCUGGCUCAGUAGGCGCUGGCUCAGUAGGUGCUGGCUCAGUAGGUGCUGGCUCAGUAGGUGCUGGCUCAGUAGGUGCUGGCUCAGUAGGUGCUGGCUCAGUAGGUGCUGGCUCAGUAGGUGCUGGCUCAGUAGGUGCUGGCUCAGUAGGUGCUGGCUUAGUAGGUGCUGGCUCCAUUAUCCAGUAGAAGCUGAAGAGGGUCAGUUUUCUAGAGACUGUAAUUUGGAUAUUGGUGAAGAGAGGUUGGUUGAAGGUAGUGCUUGUUUUGGUUUUGGAUUAGAAAGUAGUGGAAGUAGGUCAAAUAAGUUUUUGGAGGAUUUGAAAGAAGGUUCAGGGUUUGGGGCAAAUGAAACUAAUUCAGCAAAUUUGUCAGGGUUACUUUCCAGGGUCUGGGCAACUUUGAAAGUUACUCCUCUGGAAAAUAGGGCCGCACACACUACCACACAGGAGCUGAGAGGAAAACUCUGCAAAAGGGUUUAAUAUUUUUAGAAGAAGAUCUCUUUGUGCUGCAUCAGUUGGAUUCAGCAAAGAAUCUUAUGAAACUGCUGCAAUAGUAGGGCCAAUGACUAUAUAUUUUGCUUGAAAGAAGCAAGCUUUCUCUCAUCUAAUAGGGCAAGAUCUGCAUCCAAAACUGGUAGGUUAUUGUUUAUUGUCGAUGCAAGCUCUGGUGCAGCAACAUGUGGCCAACGAAGCCACUCAGAGCCCUCUGGCCUUAAGCUGCCACAGCAUCAGUGGGGUAGGGCUCUCCUCGACCGUAUGGCUUUAAAAAGUUCUUUGGAUAGUGGUGGAAAUAACCAACACCUUUCCUUUUUUGUGUUUGUGUAUAUGCUGUCUGAAAGUGAGUAACAAAAUAAUAGUUAAAAAGCAAUGGUCCUUGAAGUGCAACUAAAGUGAAAUGUGUAGGUGUCAAUGGGACAAGCAAAUGCAGGUCAUUUAAAGAGUGCACUCUGGAAAGAGCAACAGAUGCCGUCCCCUCAGGAGUGCUUUUUGUAUCUAGCCACAAUAUAACAUUUGAUAAUGUCUGACCCUGCACUUUAGAAAUUGUUGUUGUAUAGCCUGGAAGGAAAGGGUAUUUUGUGACCAGUAUGUCUCCAAUAACACUAGUCAUGGGAAACACAUUGAUAACGUGUCCAUUGGGAUGAAUGGCUAUUAUUGUUUUAUUUGAAAUGCUCUUGACAGUAACAAAUUGGCCGUUAACAAAACCAAUGGAUUUAUUAGAUAACGACUCUUGCUGCUAGCUGAGACAAUAAGCCAGAAGUCUCAUCUGCAACUGACAUGGGCCUUUGUCUACCCAAUCCUUCAGGUAUUCCUUUAAAGUUGUCUUCAUUCACUGUGAAGUCAUCCCAGCCAUCGCCUCUCUUUCUGCCAGUAUAGACCACCAUAUCCCAAUUAUAGCCAGUGGAAGAGUCUGCUAAUAUCCAUAAUUUAAAACCCCAUUUUGUAGGCUAAUUUCGAAUGUAUUGUUUGAAAAGAAUCUUCCUUUAGACUUCACCAUCCUUUCAUCAAUGGAAACACAACGUUUUGGAACAAAAAGUUCUUUACAUCUGCUGCGAAGAAAGUCAUAAAUAUUUCUAAUUUUGGACAAAGGAUCCAAUCUGUCUUC